UGGGAGCGCUGCCAUUUGGGACCCAGGAAUGGCACCCUCUCCUCCGCGUGCAGGAUUUGCUGGAUGGCCUCCUGGAGCCCUUGAGGAAGGAGGAGCAGAAGUUGCUGGAACAGAGGCAGGCCGAGGAGCAGAGCCGGCAGGAGUGCCAGGAGCUGCUUGCCGCCGAGAAGCAGGAGGUGGGCCUCUUGCUGGAGUCCCUGCAGGAGCUGCUCCGGGAGAGGCAGCCGGUCUGGCUGGGCUGGCUGGCCGAGCAGGAGAAGAUGGAGUCUGAGUGGGCGGUGACCCUGGCCCAGCUCUCCAGGGAGACCUCCUGCCUGCAACAGCUGAUGGCCCAGACAGAAAGGAAGUGCCGUCAGCCGGAUGGGGAAUUCUUGCAGGACAUCCAAGACACCGUAGACAGGUGUCGGAGUUACAUGGUGGGGCGUGUAAAGAGCGUCUCUCCCAGGCUGCAAGGCAGACUCCGCACCCUCUUGGAGAAAAACGCUUCUGUAAGACGGAUUGUGAAUAGUUACAAAGCCUCUCUGCAGGCGACUCUGACCAGGAAGAACCUGGAGCGACCUCUGAUCACAGGUAAACCCCCUGGGGCUGUUUCUGUUCUCCGUCCUGCAGCUUUCGUCAGGCCAGACGGCUCAACCGCCCACCCCCGGCUCCUGUGCAAGGGCUCCUCUGUGACUUGGGCCGACAGAUACCAGAAUUACCCAGAUGUGCCAGGGAGGUUCGACCGGGAAUUCUGUGUCCUGGGCUGUGUAGGAUUCAACACAGGAUGGCACUGGUGGGAGGUGUCAGUGCAGGUGGCGGCUGACAAUGCCCCAGUGCGAGGCAAAGCAUGUUGGGCCAUCGGGGUGGCCAAGGAGUCCGUCCGCAGGAAAGGGACCUUCCAGUUGAGCCCCCAGGAGGGAAUCUGGGCCAUGGGGAAGAGUGUUAGGGGAGAGAUUGUCACUUUUGACACAGAUCAGCAGAAGCUGAGCUUGAAAAAGCCGCUGCAGAGGCUGCGGGUGAGGCUGGACUGCGAGGCAAAAGAAGUGGAGUUCCUGGAUGCGGAGACGGAGGAUUCCCUCCACACCUUCCAGAUGGGGCCCCUCCUGGGGGAGACUCUCCGGCCUUUUUUCUACCUGGGCCAGGAGGGGGUCACCCUUUAUUGUUAGGAAUUUCCACGUCCUAUAAAAGAUCUUUGGGACUGAUAGUCCUCAACUUACAACAGUUCACGUACUGACCAGAGUUGAGGAGCUCAGCCCCACCUCCUCACGCCUUCAAGGCCACAUCUGGAAAGAGGACCAGAUGUGGUGUCCCCUCCCCAUGCCAUGCCCGACCUCCUUAUCCUUUUGCCAUGCUCAGACCAGGCUGGUUGGGCGCUGCCAAGAGCUUCGUGGCUCCGACUGACCGAGAGGUGGUGGGGCUGUGACGCAGUGAUGCCUCCUGGCCCCUCUGAGCCCCCUUGGUCCCUUGUUUGGGCAAGACCCUCCAUGCCGCCUCCUGCCCGGUGCUGCACCCUUGUUGUGCGUUAACACGACGUUUCUCAACCUGGGCACCCGGGAGAUGUGCGGACUUCAACUCCCAGAAUUCCCAGCCAGCAGAGCUACCUGGGGAAUUCAGGUGUUGGAAGUCCCUGCAUCCUCCAGGUGCUGCCAAGGUUGGGCAUCCCUGCCUGACUCUGGGGCUCUCAGUUUAGAUGAGAGAGAGAGACGGUUAAAGGGCCUUUAGAAUCAGUAAAAGUGAUACCUUAAUACCUGCAUGCGAUUCUACAUUUAUGUUACUCUGAACUUAUUAAAAACGCAACAUAUUUAUGUUUUACUUGUAUCACUUAUCUAGGUGAUUUACAGAUACUGAAUAAGUUUAAAAAAAACAAACAA